AGAGUACAUGGAGACAAUGAGAUGGAAAAUAUUUUUCCUUUCGGUUUUACUCCUCUUGAUGUUGAAGUUGAAGAUGCCAUUGUUGACGUAGAAGAAGAAUGUAUUGAAGAUGAUGACAGCGACAAAGAUUACACCACCAUUCUUAGGCCCGCUUUCAUGGUGGAAGGUGAACCUGACUUCGAUUCUGGUCCUCCAGAGGACGGAUUAGAAUAUCUUAGGCGUGUCAGGUGGGAAGCUGCUCAAAUUCCAAAAGUAAAGAUUGCGAAGCCUGACAAGAUUACAUCAAACAAGGAACAAAGUGUUUAUAUGCCUCAGAUUCCAGAAAUUGCCAACUGCCCCGAACAUUUGCUGCCAUUGAAACAGUGGGAGGAAGCAUUUCUUGCAGAUUUUUCGGAGCUACGUAUGAAUGUGUCACAUAUGGAGGAUCCCAGUGCCGAGGUUUCUUGUAAACUGCCAAGGUUAACCGUUCAAGUGGAUGACCUGUGUCAGCUUCCGGAGGGGGGUGCUGUUGAGAAUUUUAACCAUACAACUGGUGAAGUCCACUCUGACCAGGGUUCUUUGUCAAAAUCUGCAGACGAGAUUUCACCGGCUCAGAACAAUCCAUGUCCUAAAACCUGUAUCAAUGAGACUGUGGUGACUUCCCAACCUUGUCUGUAAUACAAAAGAUGGACUCAGUAGCUCGAGUUUCAAUGCUUAGGAAACAGAUAAGCUCGGUUGAGAACAUGAGCUCAUUGUCGAGGAGCAACUGUGUGUGGCUAUUUGCUUUAUGUGCAGCAAUCGACACUCCUCUGGAUGCCACACUUGCGCUUCCCUUCGUAGUCUGCUUCGGAAAUGUGCUAAUUUGAGAGCUGGGAAGUCUGAGGUUGAUGAUGAAGUUAUCAUGCUCAACAUUUUGGCGACAGUUUCAGGAAGAUAUUUUGGUCAGUCAGAAACCUGAAGGUUUGCUUCAUAUCAGUGUGUAUUUAUGCUGGGAAGCUAUUUCUGUUCAA